AUGUAUAAAUGUGCAGUGUGUUAUUCUGACUUCAAUGAUGGAGUUAAGUGUUCAGCGUGUGGGAAUAACCUAGACUUUAACUGUGCGAAUAUUUCCGAAUCUGGAUGGAGGAAGCUGGGAGUCGAACGGAGAGCAGUAUGGAAAUGUUCAUCGUGUAAAGGUCUCUCACCAACUCCGACUCCGGUUGCUACCAAGGAACACAUAUCGCUAGAGAGUCUUAUGAGGGAAAUCCGCGAGAUCAAACUCAAACUAACUGAUCUCCCUGCGCUUAUAGAGAAUGUAAGGAGUAUAAAAGAUGAGGUUCUUUCCCUCAGAGCUUCUUGUGAUUAUUCUAGCGCAAGAAUUGAAGAAUUUGAUGACAAAAUGGCUAUUGUUGAAAGUACAGUCACAGAAGUCCAGCAGAAACAGGGAUUGUUGGAAUCCGCAUUAGCUGAAGUCCAAGGCCAAGUAUAUAAUAGUGAACAAAGGUCGCGCCUCAACAACGUCGAGAUCAAGGGCGUUCCACAGAGUAAGGACGAGAACCUGUUCCAAAUUAUUGAUAAGAUCAGUGCAAAGGCUGGGUAUAAUUUGCCUAAAACGCAAAUAAAUUACGUAUCCAGGGUCCCCUCAUAUAAUUCGAAAGAGAAAUCUAUUAUUGUGAGCUUCAUUAAUAGAUAUGUGAAGGAAGAAUUUAUAGCAUCUGCACGAGCUCUGAAAAUAAUAAAAGCUGAGGAUCUGGGAUUUCAAGAUAAAGAUGGAAAGAUUUUUGUGAAUGAUCAUUUAACUUCAGACACUAAACUUUUGCUUAAUAAAGUACGACAAAUUGCGAAGGAGAAAAAAUAUAGCUUUGUUUAG